CUUAGAGGCUCAGCGUGAAAGUUACUUUAUCAAUUACAUGUAAUAUUUCACCUUUUUGAUAUUCUCAACGCCACCACCACCUCUCCAAUUGGCACUUCUCAGAGAAAAUUUCUCACAGGUUUUUGAACGAGUUUAGCUCGAUUAACGAGCAUUUUAUCGGGUUCCUUGAGGAAUAUUUUUUAAACUUAUAUUCCUGUCGCAUUUUGCGCUCAGAAGCCUACUUUCACAUCCUCGUUGCCGCCCUGCACAUAUAUUCACAAUGUCGAAGCAUCGCCCUCGAAUCCCGAUGGGAUCACUCAGCGAUAUGGCUUCAACUGUUCGUGACAAGAAAACUGCCUCCAAAACUAAUCCUCCGGGUUCCAUCCAGUUACAAAAGAAUCAAAAGCUACCUAAGGAUACCAGUAGCGAAGAUGAUAAUGGCACUAGCAGCUCCGACGACAGCUCUCAAAGUGGCAGCGAUAGCGAAAAUGACCUCAAGGCUGCCAAGAGCAAGUACGCUGCAAAGCAGGCAACCAAGCGCAAGGCUGCUGAACCAAAAGCGAAAGCUGCCAAGUCAGAGCCUACCAAGACUAUCCCGAAUGCAGGCGCAUCACCAUCAUCUAAAGUUUCAACCAAGGCAGCAGCUUCCACAAGUCCUGAGGGAUCCGAAUCCGAAUCCGAAUCCGAAUCCGAUCCCGACUCCCAGAGUUCGGAUUCUAGCGACAGCCCGGCUAAGGGUGGCGCGGCAGUGAAGGGAGGAAAUAAGGAUAAGGAGGAAGCAGAGAGCUCAUCGGAAAGCGAAAGUGAUGAUGAAAAGACCAGUGCACAACGCGCUGUUGAGGCCGAAUCUUCUAGCGACGAGGCUAGCGAUAGCGGUUCCGAUGACGACAGCGAGGAAGCGCAUGAUGUGGAGAUAGAUAGUGACAAGGUUGCCAUUUCUAGAGUUAAUGGUAAUGAUGUUUCUGAAGUCUCCCGGCCUGGCUGGCUUAAUAGCUCUGAAUUUGCGAUUCGCAAAGCUUCAUCCGACAACCCUGCCAAAGAAAUUACAGAGUUUUUCAGCAAAACUAACUUAGAGGGGAAGCAGGUGUGGUAUUUUACUGCACCAGCCUCAUUACCGAUUACUGUGCUCAGAGAUAUGGAGAUUGAUCUGUCCAAGGCAACUCCCGGAGAAGCAUUACUGAAUCAUAAAGGCGACGAUUACGGCCUAGAUCUUGAGUCGCAUGCCACUAGCACACAGAUCCAGUUACUUAUCCCUUCACAAGGAGGGGAUAACUAUACUUCUCUGAAUCGUGGAAUCGACUCAACUGUGCAUCUCCGUCGUAUAGCUAAAUUCGGACCUGGUGGCACUGUCAGUGCUACUGCUACUGAGGAUUAUACACCAAUACCGAAGGCUAUUCGAGAGCAGCCACAGGGUCUAAGACCCCGUUUCACCCCUAUUGGCGUCCCUAGCCCUAUUCCACAGGUUCAGUCCUCGGAAUCUCGUCCUGCACCCGCAAAGCGAGCAGUUUCUUCAUCCGAAUCGGACAACGAGUCAGAGAGUGCAUCCGACAGAGACUCGGUGGUAUUACCUACCCCGACCAAUUCGAAGAAAUCCAAGAAGCCAGCUGCUGUCAAUGGGAAGCUGAAGCGAAAACAACCUGAAGGAGAGAGCAAACCAACUCCGAUCCAAGAGCCUCGGCCUCAGGAGAAGUCUGCAAAGAGACUUAAGACCACUAAACCUGCAUCUUCCAAGGUUUCGAGCUCCAAUAAGGAAACACCUGUCUCGACCCAGACGCCAAAUGGUACCCCCAGCAACAAGAAGGCGAAGAAGGAAAAAUCAAAGUACUCGAUACAGUCAACGAAACAGACUCCAGUCCCUGUACCUAAAGUUUUUAGCAUGAACCGUUAAGUUGGGGAGGACUGAAGUUGCGUAGCCUACAAUUUUGGGGCUUGCAUCGACAUUUUGUUAUACUUGCAUGCAUGCAUUCAGCUAACAAGUGGUGGAUCUAUCCGACGGAAUUUUGCUCGUGGCAUUAUCGGGCGCACGUCGCCGCCUAUAUGCGAGAUAGUCUACUGGAGGUAGGGAACCUGAUGAAAUGUGGUUUACCAGCAAAAUCGGUAGACUCAGGUGCGUUUGCGUAUGAUUAUUCCUACAAAGGUUGACACGCGGCGUCGAUGGGACAUGAAUUAUGGUAGUGCGGUCUCAUCACUCCUUUUCUUGAGAUACCAAAAGCGGUUUAUCCGAUAGUCUUGGUCUUUUUCCUGGCACUCGUAUGGAUAGGGUGCGGUUAGGCGGGCCAAUAUCAAAAGUACUAGGCUAGGAAGUUAGCAAUAGAGGUUAAGCAGAUUCGAUGCACUCAUUCCAUAGUAAUGUGAAUUAUGGCUUUAGGUAUUUUAUAGAGUAUCCAGUUGCCAGUUCGGAAUCGCUGUUUAGGUAGGCACACAUAGCCCAGUCUAUUGUCGGGGACUGACGAAACCAGCCAGCCAGCCCAAACAAAGCCAAUCGUGACUUAAUCCUUGACCAGAGUGUAGCUCGUAAUUACCUGGUAGUCACACAACAUGUGGCCUUCCCUAGCAAUACCCAAUAUAACUCUAUGAUUGCUUAUAUCAGGUAAGUUGUUGCU